CGAAGAAAACAUAUUGUGGCGACCUCAACCAAAGGUUUAUCUAAAGCUUUUUUUCCUAAACUACGCAAAUCGCAAACUGAAAGCAACUCCGAGAUGGACGUCAACAUCCGGCCGCUCCAAACCCAUCUCCUGACCAGGACAUUUGGCCAGUACAAAAAACCCGACGGUGAGUUUGCCAUGAUGACCUACUACCACGAGUUUUUGACCGAAACUGGCGGUCUGAACAAGCAGUUUGAUCUAUACUCGAUGUGGCAAUACGUGCUGGCCAACGGACCUCGGAUCGACGUUUCGGAGGGGGUCAAGAGUAACUCCAAAGCGGUCGCGAUCCGCCAGGAGGGUAAUCGGUUCUUCAAAGACCAGUCGUGGUCGAAUGCGACCGAGAAGUACAACGAAAGCAUCUGCUGGGCAGAAACCGGUUCCGAGGAAGUGGGCAUAGGUUUUGCCAAUCGAUCGGCGGUUUGCUACGAGGAGAAAAAUUACGAGCUGUGCUUGCUGAACAUCAUGCUCGCCCGGAAGCACGACUGCCCGGACAGGCUUUCGGCAAAGUUAGCAGCACGGGAGCAAAACUGCAAGCAGCAGAUCGCCGAUGGAAAUUCCAAAGGAACUGUUCCGUCGCCAAUGUUUCCCAUCAACGUCGAAGUCAACCCGAAGAUUCCUUUCAUGGCUAACGGACUCCGGAUGGCAGAACUACCUACGUAUGGCCGCGCUAUGAUCGCCGAGCGGAGCUUUGAACCGGGAGAUGUGAUCCUGCACGAAAAGUCUUUGUUAACUGUUGGUGACGCGCGUUACCUACAUCUGAACUGCAACCUGUGCGCGGAAUGGAAGCCGUACAACUUGAUUCCUUGCCCGGACUGUGUCUGGGUCAUGUACUGCAGCGAAGAAUGUCGGCAACAGGACCUACGCACCGUUCAUCGAUUCGAGUGUGGUAUCACGGCAAAACUGAAACACUUGAACUCAUGGAUGGUGGACAUGGGACCGAAAUUGUUUUUCUAUGGACUGACACUAUUCGGCGAUAACGUGGACAAGAUGAAGCAGUUCUGUGACUCAAACAAAAGAACCGGAUCGAAUCCGAUGGAUGUGGACUAUUCCGGUGGCACUGAUCCUUUGGAAGUGUUCAAGAAUCUGCAGCGCGUCAAGUACACAAAGGUGAAAGACGCGUUUGAUAAACGUUUGAUGUUUUUGGCUUCCGUUUUCUACACGGUGUACAUGCAGAGUCCGCUGGUUCGCUCGCUGAUCACGACCCAUCAACACAAAAGGUUCAUGCUACAUUGCUUCAACGACUACAUGCAGUUAGCCAUGCAAGCCAACCUAUUUUGCUGGGACCUUAUCACCGGCCCACUUUUCCCGAUUGCCUCCAUAAUAAAUCAUUCGUGUGAUCCGAACGUGGUCACGGCCGCAAGACUGAGCUACAUAAAACUGAUCGUCCUCAAGCCGAUCGCCAAAGGUGAGCAGAUCUUCAUCUCGUACGGUCCGGUUUGGUACCAAAACAAAGACGAUCGCAAACAGGAGCAAACGAUGAGCCUGUUCCGCUUUCAGUGCGGCUGCGUGGCUUGCAAUCCGAUUCGUCUGAAACGUUGGCUGCGCUCGCAAUCCGAGCUGGACGAGCAGGGCAAGCGGGAGUCGAGCACCAUAAAUCUUCUGCUGAACAACGACGCAGUUCCGCUGGCGACCAAAACGAACCUGUUGCAGCAGUUUGUCAAGCGAAAUGCGUACACCCAUCCGAACGAAGCGUUUUGCUCGGGGCUGCAGGUUUACACGGAAGUGCUGUACCAUGCUCUGAUGGAGGAGUGGGACACGAAUAACAGAGCCUGGGCAAUGGCCGAGCUGGAAGCGAAUGAACGGAAGAGAAGGUAAACUGUUUGUACCUUGUUACUAUGCACUAUAUUGUAAA